AGGUCUUUACGCUGUUGAGCCCCCUCCCUCUCCUGGCCCCUGCCUGCAGUUCUCCAGGCUGCAGGACCCAGACUCACUGAAAAGUGCAGGCCUCCUCCCCCUGCAGAAUGACUGUUGCCACAGGCGACCCCUCUGACGAGGCGGCGGCUCACCCGGGGCACCCGCAGGACUACGACCCGGAGGCCGACCAUGAGUGCUGUGAGAGGGUGGUCAUCAACAUCUCAGGGCUGCGCUUUGAGACUCAACUCAAAACUCUCUCCCAGUUCCCAGAGACUCUGCUGGGGGACCCCAAAAAGAGGAUGCGCUACUUCGACCCGCUAAGGAAUGAGUACUUUUUCGACAGGAACAGACCCAGCUUUGACGCCAUAUUGUAUUAUUACCAAUCAGGGGGUCGGCUAAGAAGGCCGGUCAAUGUCACCCUUGAUAUUUUCUCAGAGGAGAUCCGCUUCUACGAGCUGGGCGAGGAGGCCAUAGAGAUGUUCAGAGAGGACGAAGGUUUCAUCAAGGAGGAGGAGCGUCCUCUUCCUGAUAACGAGUUUCAGAGACAAGUGUGGCUGCUGUUUGAGUACCCCGAGAGCUCAGGUCCUGCUAGGAUUAUCGCCAUAAUCUCCGUCAUGGUCAUCCUCAUAUCUAUUGUCAGUUUCUGCCUGGAGACCCUCCCUAUUUUCCGUAACGAGGACGACGACAUGCACAAGUCUCAAGCGAAGGUCUUUUCACCUGAGACCAACACCACCAUCAUCAGCUACACAUCGACCUACUUCACUGACCCCUUCUUCAUCCUGGAGACUCUCUGCAUCAUAUGGUUCUCCUUUGAGUUUUUAGUGCGCUUCUUUGCCUGCCCAAGCAAAGCGGGCUUUUUUGGAAACAUAAUGAACAUUAUUGAUAUCGUUGCUAUCAUCCCUUACUUUAUCACACUCGGUACAGAGCUCGCAGACCGGCCAGAGGAUGGUCAAGCGGGUCAGCAAGCCAUGUCUUUAGCCAUUCUCAGGGUCAUCCGUUUGGUGCGUGUCUUCAGAAUUUUUAAGCUCUCUCGCCACUCAAAGGGUCUCCAGAUUCUUGGUCAGACCCUGAAAGCCAGUAUGAGAGAGCUUGGCUUGCUCAUUUUCUUCCUCUUCAUAGGAGUCAUCCUCUUCUCAAGCGCCGUCUACUUUGCUGAAGCAGACGAGCCGGAGUCGCAGUUCGAAAGCAUCCCGGAUGCAUUUUGGUGGGCUGUGGUGUCCAUGACCACAGUCGGCUAUGGUGACAUGGUCCCAACUACCAUUGGUGGCAAGAUUGUUGGUUCCCUCUGUGCCAUCGCAGGUGUGCUGACCAUCGCCCUGCCCGUGCCUGUCAUUGUGUCCAACUUCAACUACUUCUACCACCGUGAGACUGAAGGCGAGGAGCAGGCGCAGUACCUGCAGGUCAACGUGCCCAAAGCCGACUCAGCCGAGGAGCUGAAGAAGAGCCGCAGCGGUUCCACCAUCAGCAAAUCGGACUAUAUGGAGAUCCAGGAGGCUGUGAACAACAGCAACGAGGACUUUCAGGAGGAGAACCUUAAGACGGCCAACUGCACUCUGGCCAACACAAACUAUGUAAACAUCACCAAAAUGCUCACAGACGUGUAGCUGCCAUCUGCUUCUUUCCUCCCCGUCACUGCGGGACAUGUGGAGCUGAGCAACUCGACGGGACAGGUGUGCAGCCUCCCACCACACGUGUGCUGGAAAAACCAAGGCAAUAGAAUUCAGGACGCUGAUAAUGAUGAUAAAGACAUGGGGAAAAAUAUUGCAAAAGACCAUCCGCUCACUCCGCGCUCAUCCUCACCACUUACCCCUAAAACUCCUACUAACUGUCAAACAGAGUGAAAUUUUAAAUUUUGCAUUUCUGCAUGGAGUUGGCUUUGUCUGUGUGGCUGUUAUUUAACAAAAAAAAAAAUACUAAAAAUCCCCUGCUCACAACAGUAGCCAACAGUAGUGCACAAAAAGAAUAGAAAAAAGGAAGAAACAAUGCAAGAAAAAAUAAAUAUUGCAUUUAAAAAAAGAUAAGCUACACAACACAAACCCUGCUUUGCCACCCUUGUCCCACAAUCCCUCAUUCUCUGCCAUGCGCUUUCUGAAGAGCCGUACCGUGCUACAUAUGCUGCUUCCUGGAGCCAAUGAUACAAAAACUGUCUUAUGCUACAAGGUUUAGGAAUAAGAGUCUGUGCAAGGAUAAAGUGAGCCCACUCCUGCGCUGACCCGGCCUGUGGGCGACUCGCGACGAGGUUGGUGGUGAAGUACACCACGUUAUUUCAAGGAUGAAUGACAGCCAUUGGCGCUAUAAGCUUAUGG